AUGCCCGAAGAAUCUCGGAAAUCAUCUAUUGAGGGCAUCGCCCAACCAGAGGCUCUGCUACGCUCUGCAUGCACCGAGUGCCAUCGUCGAAAGCAGAAAUGCAAUCGCCAAUGGCCAUGCAACAAUUGCCAGAAGCGCAAGGUCGCUGAUCAGUGUCGUUUCAGGGAUGACUCCAAGGUCACCUCAGGUGAGGAUGCCUGGGCUGCUUCCCUGGAAGUUAAGCGGAAGCGCGACAUGCAUGGCGAUGAAGAGGAGAGCGACGACGAUGAUGUUGGUGACGUUUUAGAAGCGAUUGGCUACAGUCGUCUUCAUAUGUUGACGAAUCUUGAUCAAGAAACAGGAAGUACUAAACCUUCUGAUCAAUACUAUCUCGAUCCAAAAGACAGCGCUCAGCUCCAGCGCGCACUAGAUGUGUUGCCGCCAAGACACAUCGUUGACACUCUAAUCCAAGGCUUUCUCGAUGUCGUCAACUUUUACUACUACAUCGUCUACCCACCACACUUCAGCAAAGAGUACGCUCGCUGGUGGGAUGAUUACAGCAAAGGCCGACCAUGUGGUGUUCAAUGGACAUGUUUGCUUCUCAUGGUCUGUGCAUGCUCAGUCCAGCAUGUCGAUAGCCAGACGGGUAGCAGAAUCGAGAGCGAGCUUGACGCAUCUGUCAAAGAUUUGACCCAGAAAUAUCACGAUGCUGCUAGAGAGCUCCACAGCGCUAUCCCUGUGGGAUAUGGCCAUGUCUACACGGUCCAGUACCUACUGCAUUCGUGUUAUUGGUUCAAAGCCGAGGCACGGUUUGCAGAGUGCUGGCAGGUUCUUGGCGCUGUAGUCCGAGAGGCACAGAUGAUCAAUCUUCACAAGAAACCCGUAGACCAGUUACCAGGCUUCGAGCUCGAAAUGAAGAGACGACUAUGGUGCAUUGUGGAUUCCUGGGACUGGCUGGUUUCUUCACUUCUAGCACGACCAAUGCUCAUCGACCGCACCGAAUGCGACGUUGGUCUGCCUAGCCUUGCACUGGAAGACUAUCCCGCUUCACCCAUGUUGCAUCUCAAGCUACAGUCUGAACUUGUCAGCCUGAUCUUCAAACGCUUCGGUGGACCCAAGCUUCUUUCUGAUCCUGCCGACAUCAGGGAUUACCAAACAAUUCUUGAGGAUUUCAUGAAGACGUUCCCACCCGAGUAUGCACUUGAUCAUCCCAACACGCCGACCAACGAGGAUCUACCAUGGAUCGCUCUUCACCGUCACUACAUGCACACCUGCACUCUCUCUAUUGCCCUCGGCCCUUUUAGAGCAUUCAUGGCCAAGUCUAUGAAGCAAUCAACGGCGUCUGCUGUCGAUCUCGAGUUUCGACUGACAGGUAUCGACUAUGCCCUUCGUCUGAUAGAAGCAGUCCAUCGGUUCUUUGAGUACGUGUGGACCAGAGACACCACCUUCCAUUUCGUCCCGUUUUGCAUCUUUGACACGGCUGCUCUUCUGUGCUCGGUCAUCAUCCACGCGGAAGACGGCCAUGUGCCGCGUCGCCAAGAAGUAGCCGGCGCUAUCGCCAGAGCAUACAGUACUCUGAAGAAGCUACGAACUGCCACCAACACAGCCAAAGCUCCCUACGAUGUUUUGCGAAGGUUGAUUAAGAAGUUGCCGUCGUCAUCUGGGAUGCAGGCGGCUGAAGCUCACAAGAGGCGACGGUUCGAUACUCCACCUGGCGGCCAAGGUUCGAUGCCUGUCGUAGUACCUAUGCCAGAACCAAUUAUGGAUGCAGACCUCAUUGCGCUGGCACCGAUGCCUAUCCCACUCCCUGAGCUACCUCUGGUCCAGGCCCAGUACGAGCCCUGCAUCGACCCUAUCCCAGUGGCUCCUGAGAGAAUUCAGACGGGAGGACAGUCAUACGUGUCGUAUCCUCUUCACGACGGGACAGAUCUGGGAUUUCAACAAUACACUUACACAGACCCGUCACAAAUUCAAGAGAUUGCCACCAUGCCAUCUUGGCCUGUGGAUAUCAACAACAGAUCCCAUAUGCAGAAUCUCGCAGUUGGAUCUCCUGAAAUUGACAUGGGUUUCCAGCAGCUCUCUGAUGCUGAACUGGGAGAUCUUGCAAUGUUGUGGAAUUGGGAGAGUCUGGAUCUUGGCUAUACCUCGAAUCCUAUCUAUCAGCAAAUGUGA